GUUUCUACUUCUCCGUGCUCUCGUCCCGCUCUAAGUGUUACAGAACCAGUGCAAAAGUGUAAGAUGCAUAUCUAGUGCUUAACUGCAGUUCAACCUGCCAACUAGUUGUAGUGUUGCAUUCGAGUUGGUCAAGCGUCAGCGGCAUCCACUAGAAGCCACCGCACACUCACUGCCACUCGAUCGAAGGAACCAGCCCCGACGGUAACCAUGGGAAACGCUUGCUCAGAUAACUCCAAAACACCAAUACCUGGUGGUAGAUACCAGCCUGAGAGCGCCACGGCCAAAACGCACACCACAGCAGGCCUGAUGACCAACGGCAGCCACGGUGUUUCGUCCCGUCCCAGCGCAGCAGUCUGUAGUGAGCUGUCAAACGGCAAGCAAGCAAUCCCGACGAACAGGGCCACCGCCGGAGCACCAACACCGUCCGCCAAUCAGUUCAGCACCAGCAACGACAUGAGCGAGUGCAGCCGCGAUCGUUUGGGCCAGUGGCCAGUCGAGUCCGACAGUGAGGUCGCCGGAGCAGUGUCCGGUUUCGGGCGGCUACACAACGGCCGCUUCAAUAAGGGUUUGGCGUUCACGAUCGAGGAACGUCAGGCGUUGGGUCUUCAUGGUUUGCUGCCGGCUACCGUGCGUACCGAAGAGGAACAGGUUCAGCAUUGUUUGACACUGUUGAAUCGCUAUGAAAAUGAUCUGGACAAGUACAUCUAUCUGGUUGGACUGUUGGACCGUAAUGAGCGACUGUUCUACCGAGUGCUGUCCUCGGAUAUCGGCAACAUGAUGCCGCUGGUCUACACCCCAACGGUGGGAUUGGCUUGCCAGAAGUACAGCAUGAUCUACCAGCAGCCCAAGGGCAUGUACAUCACGAUCAACGAUAAGGGCCAUGUCUACGAUGUGCUGAAGAACUGGCCUGAGCGAGACGUACGCGCUAUCUGUGUCACCGAUGGUGAACGAAUUCUGGGUUUGGGAGAUCUGGGUGCCAACGGUAUGGGAAUUCCUGUCGGAAAGCUCGCCCUCUACACGGCUUUGGCAGGAAUCAAACCGCACCAGUGCCUACCCGUCACCCUGGAUGUUGGAACCAACACCCAAAGCAUCCUGGAUGAUCCUCUGUACGUUGGACUCCGGCACAAGCGAGUUACCGGUGAAGCGUACGACGAAUUUAUUGAAGAAUUCAUGCAAGCCGCCGUGCGACGGUUCGGCCGUAACUGCCUGAUUCAGUUCGAAGACUUCGGAAAUUCCAAUGCUUUCCGGUUUCAGGACAAAUACCGUGACAACUACUGUACCUUCAACGAUGACAUCCAAGGAACCGCCUCCGUCGCCGUUGCCGGUCUGUUCGCUUCGCUACGCGUCACCAAGACCAAGCUCAGCGAAAACACGGUUCUUUUCCAAGGUGCCGGUGAAGCCGCUCUCGGCAUCGCCGAGCUCUGUGUUAUGGCUUUGCGACAGGACGGAUUGAGCGAACAGGAUGCUCGCAAGCGAAUUUGGCUGGUGGACAGCAAGGGUCUAAUUGUCAAGGAUCGCCCGAAGGGUGGUAUCUCCGGGCACAAGCACCGAUUUGCUCACGACCAUGCCCCGGUCGACACACUGGCCGAAGCCGUCAAGGUGGUGAAGCCCACCGUAAUUAUUGGUGCAGCUGCCAUUGCUGGAGCCUUUACACCGGAAAUCAUCCGUACCAUGGCUGAGUUGAACGAGCGUCCGAUUAUCUUUGCACUCUCGAAUCCAACCAGCAAAGCUGAAUGCACAGCUGAGCAAGCUUACGAGUACACCGAUGGCCGUUGCGUGUUCGCUUCCGGUUCGCCGUUCGCUCCGGUGACAUACAAGGGAAAAACCUACCACCCGGGUCAAGGUAACAAUUCGUACAUUUUCCCCGGAGUUGCCUUGGGAGUGAUCUGUGCCGGUGCAGCCACCAUUCCGGAAGAUAUCUUCCUCAUCUCAGCUCAACGCUUGGCGGAAAUCGUCACCGAAGAUGACCUGGAGAAAGGCAGCCUAUACCCACCACUGGAAAUGAUCCAGGAUUGCUCCAUCAAAAUUGCCGUGCGUAUUAUGGAGUAUGCUUAUCAGAACGGACUCGCAUGCACCAAGCCGGAACCAAGUGAUAAGGAAGCAUUCAUCCGCUCUCAGAUGUACGAUCUCGCCUACAAAUCUUCUCUGCCAGCCAUGUAUGCCUGGCCGAAAUUGUAAGCGUGGACUGUAGGGUCGUUCUUGUUUUUUGUACAUUUUGUUGUGUUUUUAAACAUGUCUUUCAAAUUUAUUGUUAUACACUCAAAAACGCAAAGAAUGAUUUCAAGUGGGUUUUAGGUUUUCAUGUCUUGCUUCGUUAAAAAUGUCCGCAAUUUUGUUCGAAUUUGCGCAGGUAAUAUUUUUAAGCUAUCCUCCAUUUGAAAGAAAAAUCCGCGCUUUUGAAAAUAUAUCUUCUUUAUUUUAUUUUAUUUUUUGUUUGUGCUUGUAAAAUUAUCCAAGUCUAUGCUAAUAAAUGUGCUUGUCGGUAGGUAUUCGUAUUCUUACAUCACGUUCUCAUCAAAUAACAUACACUACACACAUCAAAAAAAGUUUAUAAAUGUAAUUUAUUCGAACCAAUAUAUGAUAAGACAAUGUUGCCUAGUAGGUAUGUAUGGUCAACAGCUAGCUGAUGUAUGGUACUACAACUGAAUAAAUGUAAGUGGCUAUCGAGUAA